AUGAGAGCCUGUCGGCAUAAAAGUGAAUUGGGUUUUGGUUUAGACAUUUUAACAAGCGAUUUCAAGGUCCUCAGGUUCUGGUUCUUGAAGAAUAAUCACAAUAUUAUUAUUAUUAUAGAUGCUGAAAUUUAUAAACUCAGUACCAACUGUUGGACUAAGGUUGACCUGAAAUUGAAGCAUAUUGAAGCAGCAGGUACCUCGACCGAUGAUCUUGACAGAAAUGCUCCGGCUGGAUUAAUAUUGAAGGAUAUGUUGAUCAGCGGUCUUGCUCCUGUUGGAGGAGUGUUUAUGAAUGGUUCUUGUCAUUGGUUGGGGGAGUACAUGGGAACAAAUUACAUUCUUACGUUUGACUUCCGCAGCGAAAUUUUUGGCCUGAUAAAAUUUCCACAUUCAAGAUCAGAUGCAGGUUUCGUAGGGCUACAAAGAGCUAUAUCGGUCUUGGGUGAUUCCCUGGUGUUAAUCACUGAGGAUGGUAUGAGAGAAUCUUUUGAAGUCUGGGCAAUGUUGGAGAAUCGGGAUCGGGAAGGGAAGGUCUCGUUUGUAGUCGACAUGUUGUUUCUUACUUCAUCAGCAAUGGCGAUGCUUCCCGAUUCCAGUAGCAAUUUGAUAGGCAGCUGGCGAAAAAGUGAACUGGGUUUUGGUUUUGACAUUUCAACAAAGGAUUUCAAGGUCAUCAGGUUGGGGCUGUUCUGCAGGGGAGAUGAUACACCAGCUUUUGUACAUGCUGAGAUUUAUAAACUCAGUACCAACAGCUGGACAAAGGUUGACUUCCUGGAAUUGAUGGACAUUGAAGUAAUAGGUGCUGAGGGGAAAUAUUUUUUGGUCGGCUUGACCAACGAAACUUUAAUCGGCAAUCUUGAUACACUUCCUCCAGCUGGAGGAGUAUUUGUGAAUGGUUCUUGCUAUUGGUUGGGCAAGUGUUUCACAACAUACCCGAUUCUUGCGUUUGAUUUUCAGACUGAAGUGUUUGGCCUGAUAAGAUGUCCAUGUUGGAAACAACGCUCAUGGCUAAGUCCAACAACUCUUAUCCGUGUUCGGCGAUUCUCUUGCAUUUAUCACAGCAGAUGGUGA